AUGAAAAUGUCUUCUUCCACUGAGACACAUCAAGUGUUCUUGAACUACCGAGGAGAGGAACUGCGUUAUAGCUUCGUCAGUCAUCUCACUGAUGCCUUUGAAAGGCGUGGAAUCGACUUCUUCGUAGACAAAUACGAGCAGAGAGGCAAAGAUCUCAAAAAUCUCUUUGUAAGAAUCAAAGAGUCGAGGAUCGCGCUUGCCAUAUUCUCUACCAGGUAUGCUGAGUCGAGCUGGUGUAUGGAUGAGUUGGUGAAGAUGAAGAAGCUUGCGGAUAAAGAAAAGCUCCAAGUCAUUCCAAUCUUCUACAAGGUGAGAGUACAAGACGUGAGAAAACAGACAGGUGAGUUUGGUGACAACUUCUGGACGCUCGCGAAAGCUUCUAGUGGAGAUCAGAUCAAGAAGUGGAAAGAUGCUCUUGAAUGUAUCUCCGACAAGAUGGGUUUGUCCUUGGGAGACAAGAGCUGUGAAGCUGGUUUUGUCAAGAAAAUUGUUGAGGCGGUUGAAAAUGUUAUAGCAGCAAUUGGAAUCGAUGGCAAAGAAAAUCAUUUUGGGAUAAAAAGGAAAAAGGAUUGCAGUUGCGAAUGUGAGCUUUCCAUUUUCAAAAGGUGCAAAAUCAAAAAAGUUGUGAUGUACAUGUAA